ACAAAAGCUAAUGAUUCCAUCAUGUUGGUUCGUUUCGCACCAAUUUCGCUCCUGUUUCUGCCGGGUGUGAUAUGCCUCAACUACAUCUCGCCCUACACGCAAAACACUUCGCUUCAAAUCCAAUUACCGGAAGGUGUAAUCCAGGGCCGGGCCCGCCAUACUAACGGCCUUGGCAUGCCUUAUUAUUCUUACGAAGGCAUCCCUUAUGCAAAACCACCUGUUGGCGAGCUUCGCUUCAAACCUCCUCAAGCGCCCGAUAAGUGGAACGGGGUGCUGGAUGCCGACGGCGACGUGCCUCACUGCGUCCAGAUCCCGCCAGUGGACGAAAACGAAUCCGAGGAUUGCCUCUAUUUGAACGUUUACGUGCCGAAGCCGGAGCCGGAAAACGCCGAACCCAAGCCUGUCAUGGUGUGGAUUUACGGGGGCGGUUUCACGUUGGGUUGGGCCAACUGGAGCUUCUACGGCCCAGAUUUCCUCCUCGAGCAGGACGUCAUUGUCGUGCAUUUCAAUUACAGACUCAACGUUUUCGGGUUUUUGAGUACCGGUGAUUUGGCAUCGCCUGGCAAUUACGGUCUUAAAGACCAACUGGCCGUCUUGAAAUGGGUCAAAACCAACAUCCCUCUCUUCGGGGGUGACCCCGAAAACAUCACGAUUUUCGGCGAAAGUGCUGGGGCUGCCUCAGUCCAGUACCACCUAAUUUCGCCCAAAAGUCGCGGUUUGUUCCAGCGCGCAAUCUCCGAAAGUGGCAGUACCAUCUGUCCAUGGGCCCUCCAAGCCCAUCCGGUCGAAAUCGCGCGUAAAAUCGGCCUAGCGGCUGGGUUUGUUGGUGGUGGUACCACCUCCGAGCUUGUGGCCCACUUGAGGGGUUUAAGUACCCAUAAGCUCAAAAUUGCAGCAAUUACGGGCCCAAUUCUCACCUUUAAAAUGGAAGAUGGGUUGACUUUUUCGCCGGUUUUUGAGCCGGAACAUGACGAUGCGUUUCUGACGAAGAGUACCUUGGAGGCCCUCAAAAAAGGGGAUUUUGAGCGGGUUCCCUACAUUGUCGGGUUCAAUUCACGCGAGGUUGGGAUUCCUCAAAAGACAAUGGAGGUGACCAAGACGAUCCUCAAUCUUUUGCCGAGCGAAAUUUUGAUCCCGCGCGAUUUGAAUAACCGGGCCAAAAAGGCAGGUGACGAAAUUAAAGCGUUCUAUUUUGGCGAUAAAUCACAAACUCGAGCCGAGCAGUACCUUAAUUUCUAUAGUGAUAACGCCUUCUAUCGGCCCAUAAUCCAAAGUGCAAGGCUCUAUUCCAAGCAUGCCCCUCUCUACAUGUACGAAUUUUCCUACCAAGGGUAUUUGCUUGGGAAGAAAGCGCUACAAGUGAGCGAAGAUAACGAAGUCAACGGUGUGAUGCAUUCGGAGGAGCUUUGGUACAUUUUCAGCCGCAGGGACUUGAAGCGUGCCAACCAACCCGACCAGUUGAUAAGGCGCCGAAUGGUCAAACUAUGGACGAAUUUUGCCAAAUUUGGCAAUCCAACUCCGUCAGACGACGAUCCGGUGCUUCAAAAUACCACUUGGCCGCGCUACCAACCCGAGGAUUUCUCCUACUUGAAUAUAGAUCUUGACAUGAGGGUUGAGAAGAAUUUCCGAAGUGAGGCGAUGGAGUUCUGGCGCAAGUUAUACGAUACGUACGCUCGUCCCCCUUUUAAUACAUAUUAGCCGUAGUUUUAAUAAACUCUAAAUUAAA